UGUAUAUACUAUAGUGACAAAUUCAAUAGAAACUUGGAUGAUUUUUUUUCUUUAUACAUUUUAGUCACAUGUUAUUCAAGGUUAAAUUGUGUUUGAAUUCGUUGGUUUUUCUGAUAUAAAAGAAUAUACAUGAUGCAUAAUAAAAAGUACGCUGUGCUGGUUGUUGUACUUCUGUUGACCCUUCCGUCUAGUGUUGGAGGUGGACCAAUAUGCUACGUUUCAUGUCUUGCCUCCGUUGGAGCAACUGCGUUAUUUGGAGCAACUGCGUUAUUUGGGGCAGCAGCCAUACUACCAGUUCUAGGUUUUAUAUCUAUCUGGAAUAACAGCUGGAUCAUGGGCUGCAACAUGGAUGGUUCUGUACCUGCCGGUGGUUUGUUUGCUACUUUUCAAUCAGCAGGAAUGACGGGAGCAACUGCGAAAUUGGCCGCUGGAGCUACUGGUUCGGCAGCUGCCAUUUGUGCUGCAAUUUGCGCACCUUUGCCAUAAGCAAUUAUUUUUAUUUUAACACAUCGUACAAUGCAUCUAAUCCAACUUCGUACUUAAGUUUGUAAAAUAUUUUGAUUUGAUUGUUAAUGGAGAGUCCUCUGUAGCGUAGACUAUAUGAGUUUAUGUCAAUUUUCGUGUGAAAGAUAAGGAAAUCUUUUCCUAACUUCUUAAAAUAAAUUAGUGAAAUGAAUUUCCAUUUUUGUUAUAUUUUAAGAUCACCAGUUAUUAACUUUUCGAUCCACCCA